GUAGUGAAAUAUAGUUAAGUUCAAUUGUUUAGCUCUGUAGUUUGUAUAGAAUAAUGUGUGGUAUAAGACUGUUAUUAGCGGCAACCCUGUUGGGUUACUGCUCCACUGCGAGACUGGACAGCACCUACUUACCACCAGGGGGCGCCAACGGAGCCGGAGGUGGGCCAGGGAUUGCACCGCCCUUCGGGGGCGGCAAACCGCCCGGAGGGCGACCAGGGGGUGGCGGAGGUGGAAGACCGGGGGGUAAUGGUAAUGGAGGUCCUCGUCCUGGAGGAGGUAAUGGUAAUGGCGGAGGUGGAUCAGCAGCAGGUGCCAACGCAGACGCCCAAGCAACCAUCAUCUCUUAUGAGAACGACAACGAUGGCAGUGGAAACUAUAAGUGGAGUUACGAAACGAGUAAUGGCAUCAAGGCCGACGAAACUGGUGAAUUAAAGAACGCCGGAAGUGACGAUGAAGCGCAGUCCGCGGUAGGAUCGUUCUCGUAUACAGCACCUGACGGUACGGAGAUCAAAAUUGAAUAUACCGCCGACGAAAACGGUUUUGUACCAAAAGGUGACCAUUUGCCCACCCCACCACCAAUCCCACCAGAGAUCUUGAAAUCUUUGGAAGAGAAUGCGGCCGAAGAAGCUGCUGGUGGAGGAAAUGGAGGUGGAAACGGUGGAAACGGAAAUGGUGGAAAUGGAGCUAACGGAUACCGAUAUUAGAAUUAAGACCUACCUGCUAGAAACACAAAGAUGCCUUACCUAUAAAUUAAGUGCCAGUGACCUAUUAUAUAUAUAGAUAUUAUUUUGUUAUUAUUUAUGUAAAUUAUUUAUUUAUUUAUUCCUAUGUACUACAGUAGGGAUAUAUAUAUAUAUAUAUAUUAUUGUGCAAUAUAUUAGCUUAUAAGGAAUAUUGGUCAGAAAUGAUGAAUUACUGCGUUGUAACGGACAAUGAUUUUCCAUAUAUUUGUAUGUGAUCUUCUCAGUGGUAGUGAAAUACCACAUUUGCUUGAUUUAAUAAGCUGCUAAGGCUGUAAUAUUUAUUAUUAUUGAAGAAUUAAACGGUUUAUCAUUA